AUGGAAGAUAGUUUAUCUAAUGAUCUUUCUUCAAACACUUCUGAAGCAAAAAUUUAUUUUCGGGAUUUAAAUAAUUUAUACAAUAAGAAUUCAAUAAAAUUAGGUAUUAUGGAAAAUUCAUGUUUUAAUGAUGAUAAACUAUGUGGAAUUAUACAAAAGAAAGAUUUAGUUAAAAAUAUUGAUGAAAUAAAUUGUCAAGAAAAAUUUCAAAUAGUAAAACCACAAACAACAUGUGUUGGUUGUGAAAAACAUGCUGAAUUACUUUGUUGGUCAUGCCAAUAUAAUUCAUAUGAGCCAUGUAUUAAUUUUUAUAAUAAAACAUCUAAAGAUAAUGAAAAUUUACAGGACGAAGUUUCAAAAAAAAUAAAAAAAAUAAUGGAAAUUGGUGCGAAAACUUCAUUAACAGAAAUGAAUAUAACAGAAUUAGAAAAAAAAAUAAAAGAAAAAAAAUGUUCCGUAUAUUUAUUAGGAAAAAGAAAAAAGCAAUUAGAAUAUUCAGUUGAAAGCAAAAUAAGAAAAGUUACAAAACAUGAAAAACAAUAUAAUAAUUCUUCUAAAAAUAUUUGUCGAAGAAAAUGUGAACGUAUAAUAUGUUUAUUAAGCAAUAUUAUUCCUAUUACAAAAAUUCAAAGGUACAUAGAAUCUCCAGUAAAAAGUGACUCUGUAGUCAAAAUGAUAAAAGAAGCUGCAAAUGAUGUCAUACCACUAGAUUAUAGAGCUCUUUUAAAUAACAGUGAAAAAAUUGCUUAUGACAUUUACCAAGUUUGUGGAUGUGAAAUACCUGAAUUAGAUAAGUAUAAAAAUUUAAAACAACAAAUAAAUAAUGGAAUAUAUUCAAUGAAUAUUGAGUAUAAAAAGCAACUUGCUGCAUUAAAUUUCCUUGUUUUAAUAACAGAAACAUUGGUUCCACUACUCAAUGUUAUUUUACCAUUUCAAUUUACUCUUAAAACUAUAGUAGAUUGUGACUCCUGGGACACUGACAAUUUUGAAGGAACAUGGAUAAAGUUAAAUUUUGUCAUAACACUAAUUUGCUUACAAGCUUCAAUGCCACCAGAAAAGAUACAUUUCCUUAAACCAAUGAAAAACCUUGUUGAAUUAAAAGUAUACUGUAAUGAUUGUAUCAAAAGUGGUAAUUUGGUACUAUAUCCACGGGCAUUUAGUGGUAAAUUAAAAGAAAAAUACUGUGAGUUAUUUGCUGAAAAUAAAAAAUAUACAGAAGAGUUUGCUGACGAUUGGGAUCUUAUAUAA